AUGUCCGAUUUGGGCGAGAAAGCUCCAUCCUCACCAACCGAUCCCGAUGUUGAUCGCCCCACCAGCGACACCACCAAACCCCUGUUUGGAAGCCAAUCUCCCGGUGUCGCUCGCAUUGAGGCUCUCUCCGCCCAUAUAUCUUUCUGGAAUCGAGUGGCCAUCUUCUUCAGCGUAUUCCUGAUUGCGUAUGCCUAUGGUUUGGACGGUACACUUCGAUAUGUCUAUCAGCCUGAAGCAACCUCAUCUUACGCCACACAUUCAACUUUGGCUACCAUCAACACCAUUCGUGCUGUAGUAGCCGCUGCGGCCCAGCCCACUGCUGCGAAGAUUGCCGACGUCUUUGGCAGAGUAGAAGUCCUUUUCGUAUCUAUCUUCUUCUACACGCUCGGAUCCAUUGUCGAGGCUUCCAGUAGCAAUGUAGAAUCGUUCGCUGCAGGUGCGGUUCUAUACCAGAUUGGCUACACGGCAGUACUCUUGCUUGUCGAAGUCAUCAUCGCUGACACCACGUCUCUGCGCUCUCGUGUGUUCUUCUCCUAUGUUCCUGCUUUACCAUUCAUCAUCAACACCUGGGUCAGUGGAGAUGUAAGCGCAGCCACCCUUAAGGCUACCACCUGGCGAUGGGGCAUCGGGAUGUGGUGCAUUAUCUACCCUGCAUGCGCCAUUCCCUUGAUCAUUUCCCUGUGGUGGGUCGGUCGGAAAGCAAAGAAGGCGGGUGCGCUACGAGACUACAAGUCACCUUACCAGCUGCAUGGUGGCAAAACCCUGGUCCAGGCGCUCUUUUGGCAGCUUGACGUCCCCGGUAUCAUCCUUCUGAUCUGUGUGUUCGGUUUCAUCUUGGUUCCCUUCACUAUUGCUGGAGGGGCCGCCUCUCAAUGGGGCUCGGCAAAGGUCAUUGCUCCGCUGGUCAUAGGCAUUCUCCUAAUCCCAGUGUGGGUCAUCUGGGAAAAGAGAAGUCCUCACCCCAUGCUUCCCUUCCACUUGAUGAAAGAUCGCGCGGUCUGGGGCGCCAUCGGAAUUGCCGUCAUGCUCAAUUUUGCAUGGACUUGUCAAGGGGACUUUCUCUACACCGUUCUGAUCGUCGGUUUUAACGAGUCCGUCAAAUCCGCCACACGCAUCACCUCCUUGUACAGCUUCGCUUCAGUCAUUACCGGAGUCUUACUGGGCAUGGUGAUUUUCCGAGUGAGAAGGCUCAAACCGUUCAUUCUUUUCGGCACCUGUCUCUUCAUGGUCGCUUUUGGCCUUCUGAUCCACUAUCGUGGUGGAAGCGGGCGCGACGUCCACAAUGGAAUCGUUGGCGCACAAAUUUUGCUUGGUAUUGCUGGCGGCUUCUUCCCAUACCCAGCGCAAGCGUCGAUUCAAGCAGCAACGAAACAUGAGCACGUCGCCGUCGUUACGGGAAUCUAUCUUGCCUCCUACAACAUUGGCUCUGCUUUGGGCAACACAGUUUCUGGUGCUAUUUGGAGUCAGGUGGUGCCCGGUAUGCUUGAGCAACGGCUGAGUGCAGAGGAUGCCCUAGCCUGGUAUGGGUCGCCGCUCAUGACAUACUUGAAAUAUCCGGUCGGCACUUACCAGCGUGACGUGGUCAUCGACGUGUAUAGACACGUCCAGCGUCUUCUCUGCAUCACAGCAAUCUGUCUCUCGGCAUUGCUUAUUUUCUUUGCCUGCACCAUUCGUAAUCCGAGGCUCGGGAAGGAACAGAGCUUGCCAGAUGCCGAAGAACGGUCAAAUACCAGCACACCAGAGGUUGAGGCUGUUGGACACGAUAAAAAGUCGCUGUUCACUUAUUUCAAGCGCUAA